AUGAUUCGGACUGAACUCACAUCAACUUUACUUGCUGGAUCCUGUUUACUCGACUCGACCUCCACGCCUCAAAACAAUCUGAAAGGCGCACUCAUUGAGCGUCUGACUACGUAUUAUGCUACUCUUGGUGUAUCUUCUUCCAUCAGUGAUACAUGCACCCUCGAAGAAGCACAACUCCGUACCGCCAUCGAGUCUCUCUGUAUAGUAGAGCGUAUUCAGGGGAUAAUAUCAGUUAACAAUGGCAGCACUAGUACCGAAGAACCUCCCUUACUCGGUGUUCGCGACCUGGCCCAAAUCAGAACCCUUCUGUCUAUUUCUUUUCAUUGGGGUGUAGAGCCAUUACUUUCUCGGAUCGUAUCUGCCUGGCCCGAGAGACCCAACGUUGCGACCUCUAAUGUCACUCAAAUUAUAGACCUAACGACAAUGCCAGAAGAUUAUCAUCGUCUCUCCGACUUGACGUCACGAAUCCUUCGUUUGGUAUUUCCUGCUGGUCCCCAGCAAAAGUCAUCGAAUUCUCUCAUCACAGAAGCCCUUCUGAACCGGCACCUCAAAGACAUCUUCGAACCCGCAAUAGCCCUUGGCUGGCUCCCCAAAUCUUUAGCAUCGGACUCGAUGCCUCCGCUUGAAGAUGCAAGGCCGUUUGUAAUGCGCUUGUUGGGCACGUUACCAGUUUCACAGACCAUCGCAGCUCUAGGCGGGGUGAUAUCAACUCGUUCUUCUGUUCAGCACGUACGACGAGCAUGCGGCUACCUAUUGAGCAGACAACUUCUGCGGCCAGACGGAAUCAGGGGCCUUUGCGCCGCCAUUUUUGGCGAAUCAGAAGGAGACGACAUAAAAUUAGAACAGCUUGAACAUGUAUCUCGCACGCUCUCAAUGGUGCCAGCUAACAUAAACCCACAGGACUAUUUCUCGGCAAUCAUCCCUAGACUCGUCGAUCUUCUUCACGACGCCAAAAGCAUCGCUUUUCGGAGAGCUUCGUCGUUCACAAUAUCACGUUUACUGACCAACAUUGAAACUAGUUCGCCCGCGCCUCAGAUCAUCCUCUCAACGUUACACUUCCCAUUUCUCCAUGUGUCCUCUCCGGGGAUGGCAGGGGGGUCACCAUCCUUCCCGGAUGUCGCCUAUGCGUUGUCCAGUUUAUCUAUUCUUCUCGCCAAUUCAGACCCCUCUCCUAAGCUUAUUUCGACUUUACUCUCUCCGAUCAUAGCACCGUUGUAUGCCGUUAUGCAUCAUCUUGAUUCAUCCAGAACGUCCGAUCCCUCGACGCGAGAGAUCGUCCACGACACAAUUAUGACGUGGUUCAGAGUAUCAGCCGCAGAGGAAGCUGUCGCUACUUUGAUGUUUAUAUUAGACGAUCAAGACGGGAAACUGGAGCUGGGGUUUGACGGCAAGAUCAAGCGGGCAGAAAGGAUAAGCGAUCCUCUAUCUCUCUUCACACCGGAAAGUCUCAGGCAGGCGGAGGAGACCGGCCAGCUAGAAUCUGGGGCGAAUUGGCUCGACCUGUAUCCAGACCCUGUCCGCUUUGUUGGGUUUAUACAAUCUAUCAAUCGACAAGAUAUUAUUUCCAACUUCUUUGUAUUAGUGCUCGAGGCCUAUCGAGACAACGAAAAGCAGAACAAUGACCCCAUCCAAACUCUCCGUUAUUUGCAAGUCAUUAUACAGAUGCAGACUUUUCUAUCCAAUGACUCGAAACUGGGAGGUUUCCAGGACCCUGUGCAGAUACUCAAAUUUAUCGAGCAGGUACUCGAAGAUUCACAGAGACACCCUAAUCAAACGAGCCAAAAGAAGGAAGACUUUCCCUCGAGACUCGCCCAGUUGAGUCUGGAAGAAGAUCGUGACACAAUGGAGGAGGGAGAGGACAGCGAUGAUGACAUGGUUGACUCUGAGAAACGGGAUAUCGGUACCGAAAUGACAGAGACCGCACUGAUAAUCCUCCUUUCUGUGCUGGAAGGAAACAAAGCGCUUUCUACUCGAACGACACCAAUCCUCAGCAACAUACUACUACUUCUAGAACACCUCAUAACCGGCGACUCCCCAAACGGUAUUAAAGAAUUGGCACGGGAGGUUAGGCUUGUUUUGACCGCUCGCCUGGCGAUGCAAAAUGCGCCAAACUUCAAGGACGAUGAAGAUUCACAUCAGAGAGACGUCCAAAAAGUUUACCAACAGGCCUUGAAACUGCUUCAGGAUCCCAUCCUUCCUUUGCGCGCACACGGUCUACUACUUCUCCGCCAAUUGGUAUCCCCGUCGCGAUCCGAACAAUUCAAGGCAGUGGAUCCGGCACUCAUACCGGCUAUACAAGAUGUCUUUAUGCAGUCGGUCCAGGAUAACGACUCGUAUAUUUUCCUGAAUGCUGUACAGGGUUUAGCCGCUUUGGUAGAUCAUGGUGGCGCGCCAGUGUUGAAGCGCAUGUUAGACACUUAUACUUGUGGAAUUGACGGCCUAGAAGGAAGCAGCAUGUCGCAACAGGAUCUCGACACGAGGCUUCGACUUGGCGAAGCCACAGGAAUAGUUGUAAGUCGUUGUGGGACGACCUUGGGUACUCACGGAAAUUACAUCGUUCCUUCUCUCCUACGAGUCUUGAGGUCAAGCAAUGUACCCACCGCUCUCAAAAUGUCUGCAUUAUCACUUUUGGCUGAUUGUCAAAAGACAUACCCUUUGGUCCUCCUUCCGUUCUUUGGCGACCUCUCAGGCGGCACGCUAGAUCUCAUUCAACUAGAAACUCGUUCGACGGAGUUCGCAACAACCAUAGAGGACGAACCAACCUCAAAAAACUCCAAAUUUCCCGGUCUACGACGUGCCGCACUCCAUUUCAUGUCACUUCUACUGAAAGGAACAAUAGAAAACAUUUAUGAUACAUCAUUCAGGAGGUCUAUUUAUUCGGAAGAUCUCAUUCGACGAACGAAGUUAAUUCUAUCGUAUAUAUCAGACACCGAUGCAGAUGUAGUGGUACGAGUAAUGGCACGGGAGGCAUUGGAAUUGUCUAAGCAGCUGGAGUACGCCAUAAUCGAUCCCUUUGCUGUAGGAUAA